AUGGCAGGCAGCAAACGCCUGCGACUCGUGGUCGUCGCAACGGUCCUCUUGGUCGUGGUCUUCUGGCUCGUGCAGCGCAGCGAUGACGACCAGAUUCGGCCCGCCCCGCUGCCGGACACCCACCCAAAAUUGGCUCACGGCAGCAGCGGCAGCAAGCACACCGGUGGUGACGCGUCAUCCAACCACAACGGAGCACACAGAGGAGGACAUCCGGCCAAGCCUCCACUUCAGGAACCACCGUCAUCCAUCGUCACGCAGCUGAACCCGACUCGGCUACCGGAACCUCCCAACGCCCGAGUCGUCAAACAUGCGCACAGGCUGCCGACUGCAGACGACUUUGUGUCGCACCUAUGGGCCGUCACGAAAUUGCCUGGGCUGGGUUUGAGGCAGGCGAAGCAGACCUGCACUUGGAAGCCCGACGAAAAGGUCAACUUUCAAUUCGGCGACGCGGAGGACUGGGUCAAAGCCGAUCGGCCCGAUGCCGAAAUAGAGGCUCGCAGGGCCGAGUGGCACGCCUUUGUCCGCGAGGGCAUGAUCUCCUAUUCUGCGGUGGCAGGCCGCUUCACCAACCGUCGAGGUCUGGUCAUUCUGGCAGGCAACCAGGAUACGGUCUCCCGCGUCGGCGUGAUACUGCGCGCUCUCCAAAAUUUGGGGAGCAAGGUCGCCAUCGAAAUUCACUAUUUUGGUGAUGAGAUGUCAGAGCAUGACAGAGUCAGCCUGGCCUCGGUCUGGCCCAGGAUGUUCUUCAAUGAUCUGUCAGGGUCUCACAACAUCAUAAGGCCAAAGAAAGACGGCCUCUACAUCAACUACCAGCUCAAAACGGCAGCAAUGCUCAACUCCCGAUUCGCCGAGCCGCUUCUCCUCGAUUCCGACAACAUCCCCCUGAUAGACCCGGAUACACUCUACGACUCGGAUGUCUAUCGAGAGUAUGGGACCGUAUUUUGGCCCGACAUUGCUCGCACCCGGCCCCAGAACCCAGCUUGGGCCAUCACAAACACCAACUGCCGGAUGGACGAGUACGAGCAGGAGAGUGGACAGUUGCUGGUCGACAAGACGCGCUUCUGGUACCAUCUGCAGCUGGCGGCGUGGUGGAACAACCAGCAUGGUGACUACUACAACAAAUUUCUGCUGGGCGACAAGGACAUGUUCCGGUUCGCGUGGCACGCGCUCAAGACCGAGUACGGAAAGCCCAAGAAGUGGCUCGCAAGCGUGGGCACAGAGAACGAUGGCUUCUACUGCGGGCACUCAUUCGCCCAACAUCACCCCGACGACAAAAGGGUUGCUUUCCUCCACGGCGGUCUGGUCAAAACGGUAAGCCUCGAGGUGAUGCGCUGGAACAAGGAGGUCAAAGGCGGUUAUUUUCGACAUUAUAAGCCCUCGCCGUCGGACGAGGAUCCGUCGGUCAACGUCUACGUCGGCAUCAAGUUUGACUCGGCCACGUACAAGCCCGAUCAUCGACCCGACUUUCAUCCAGCCAUGUGCACAGACUUGUACGAUGUAAAGGCACGGGACCUCAACGAGCUGGUGCCAAUGUGGGAGAAGACCAUGGAUGAGAUUGGUGGAUAUUGGCAACUAGGGCCCGACAAGGCUCACAGCGGAAAUGGCUUCGGAGGGACCGACUUUUCAUCAAUAGAAUAG